AUGCACCACAUUGUCACAGCACAACAGUUAAUAAACAUCAGAAUGUGGUCAAGACCAAGCAGUUUGAGCAUUCAAAACAGACAUCCAUUGCUACAGUGCAGCAAAUUCAGACAAGCCACGUGUAGAGAAUGCAAGGCUGUUGUGAUGCGCAACAACUUGAGCUACAACUGUCUGAAGAAUGGUCACAGGGCUUUUCAGUGCAACUCCAUUACCUGUCAUACCUAUGGUAAAUGGCACCACACGUUGUUACAUGCAGAAUCACAAUGGACACAAGAUGCACCAAGCAAGGAGUGUACAGGUGACAUGCAACACAAACACAAUGGCAAACAUCCAUCAACUACAUCGAGCUAUUGUUCACUGAAGACCAGUCCAGGCAAACAAGUACUCCUUGCGACACCGAGAAUAAGAUUCUGGGUCGCAGUCAUGCUUCAUAUCGGAAACAUGUGCACAAUGCCUCAGACUUCAAAGCUGGCACGGCAGAAUACCGAUUCAAGGAAUAGGUGCAACCUGCUCCGAUACAAAACACCUUGUCUCUAUACUAGUGGGCUCCUGUGUAAGGGACUUUGUCAUCUGUCAAUAACCGAUACCUUGCCUGAACAAAUAAUUGAUCCCAGUACGUGGCACUUGCCACAUGUACAACACACUGAUCCAGAGUUUUGGUCACCUGAAAAGAUCGACGUGUCACUAGGAGCAGAAUUUUGUCCAUACAGUCACAAAUCAAGGAGUAUCUCUGUAGGAGCUGAUCAUCCUGUACUUCAAGAGAAAGAACUAGGUUGGCUCAUAUCUGGUCAGUAUCUAACGGUAGAGCACAAUAUUUCGUCACGGCAGCCAGUCGUGUCGUGCUUCAUAAAAACGAAGAUGGAAGUUCAAAUGCUCUUGAAGAAAUUCUGGGAAAUAGAAGAAUUAAAUCAUGAUGUAAUGAUGAAAGAAGAAGAACAACGUGAAGCACACUUCGUGCAACACACAAAAAAAGAUUCCGCAGGCAGGUUCAUUGUCCAUCUUCCAUUUCGCCAAGAGCCAAGUAAAUUAGGUGGAUCUUUCAACACUGCAGCAAAACGCUUCUCUCAAGUUGAACAGACACUGGCGAGACACCUGAAGCUUAAAGAAAGUUACACGCAGUUUAUAAGGGAAUAUGAAGGCUUAGAACCUAUGGAACCAGUAGCUACACAUGCUGCCAUUUCAUACUACAUGCAACACCAUGUAGUUCUUAAGGAAGCCAACUCGAGUACCAAAACACAAGUAGUUUUUGAUUGUUUGGCCAAAACAAGCUCUAAUUUGCCCCUAAACAGUUUGUUGAUGGUUGGACCAACGAUUCAAUCAGAUUUGUGCUCCAUAAUAUUACACUUCCACAUGCAUCGCAUUGCCUUCAUGGCUGACAGAGAGAAGAUGUAUCGACAAGUUCUGGUAGCAGAUGAAGAUCGCGCCUAUCAAAGAAUACUGUGGAGGAGUAAGACAUCUGCACCACUGCAGGAAUAUCAGUUAAAGACAGUCACAUACAGAAUGGCCUGUACAUGUUUUCUUGCAGUACGAUGUCUGUCACAAUUAGCUCAUGAAGAGGGCAGAUGUAACAAGGCAGCAAACAUUCUUGCUAAUGACUUCUAUGUGGACGAUUGUAUCUCAGGUUGCGAUACAGUAGAGACUGAAAUCAAAGUCCAGCAAGGUGUCGCGAAGCUUUUGAAGAAAGAUCGUUUCUCAUUACGGAAGUGGUCCAGUAACAGUAUGGAAUUCUUCGAGAAUAUCCCUUCAGUAUUAAGAGAGACACAAGUACCCUUACGGCUUGAUAACAACAAGGAUAUUAAAGCUUUAGGUUUACUCUGGCACCCAGCUGCUGAUCAGUUCCAAAUUGUUAAUAAUGUCAAGCCAGCGUGUAAGGUCCACAGCUUCACAAAACCCAUUCUUCAGUUAAUAUGGGAUGAACCCUUGCCUCAAGAGCUGAAUUGCAUGUGGCAGACACUAUACAGAGAGUGCUUCAGGAUAGCACAAGAAGAUACAUAUGCAACGGCAAUCCAUCAGUUGAAGACCAUAAAGCUAGUGGAUAAAAAUGGCAAGCUCAAAUCACCGCAUCCUAUCCUCAUUGACAUGAGACUGCUACAGCUCGUGGGAGACCUGCCACGCCCACGUGUAGAAGCUGUGAGGCCUUUCUUCAAUUGUGGGUUUGAUUGCACAGGACAAUUCUAUGUGAAAGCAGGCUCACAGAGAUCCAAAUUAAAGGAAAAGUGCUCCGUUGCCCUGUUUCUAUGCUUGGCUACACGAGCAGUGCUUUGGAGUCGUUAUCAGCAGACACAGGUGGAAAGCUUUAUGCACAAAGAAGCCACCGAUUGGCACUUCGUUCCUCCUGCGUCACCAAACUUUGGCGGAGUAUGGGAAGCUGGAGUGAAGUCCUUCAAUUACCACUCACAGCGAAUGAUGGGAAGCGUAUGUCCAACUUUCAAAAAAGCUGACAAUCCUGACUUGCCAGAUUGA